UCUGGGGUUGGUGGCAUGGAAUUGGAUGGGGGCCUGGGAUUGUGUAUCCCUCACUCUGCGUCAAAGAGGAAGGAUUUGAGGGUGCAUUUUCUCACGUAUGGGUGGUGAUGAAACAGACUCGUUUCUCUGUUGUCCCUCCGAGGGUCGACUUUUCGCGAGUUUGGGCAAGCAGACGGAACGAGGCGGAAGUGGAAUGUGGAUGGUAUGAUUUUUGGAGCAACAGAAUGGCAGGAAAUGACGACUAGAGAUGGUGUCGUGGUCAAUGUACUAGGGUUGUUCGUUGGUAGCUUAUGGGCUCGUUGAGCAAAAGAUGGGAAAAGGAAGCGGGGCCUGGAACAUGGAUUGAAAGAAGCAGUGGCAGUGAUAUUGUGACGUAACGAAGAAUCCCUCUGUCCUUCUUCUUCCUGUGGCAAAUGCCGCUGCGCUCAGCGGGUGCUAGUGCAGUCCGGAAAGAGUCUUCUCGAUGGAAGUUGUGGGCAAGGAGGUUGCAGGCAACGAUAUGAACAUCUGCUUCCAGUGUGGACUUGUUUGCGAGAACAGCGUGUCGUACUGUCACAGUUGUUACGAGCAACGCUCUGAGAGCGAUUUCCGGAACGAGCAGAGGUGGAGAAAUGCGGAAAGUGAUUUACAGGUCGUAGAGGCAAAUCUGCAGAAAGAAAGGUCCCUCACUCAGAGACUUGAGGCCACACUCGCCUCGUACCGGGAAAUGCUUCUGCAAGGAAUUCAUGCUGACGUUACCAUCGAAACUGGAGACACCGAUAAAACUCCUGCACAUCGCGCUAUUUUGGCAAGCAGGUCUCCUGUGUUCAAAGCGAUGUUUGAACAUGAGCUGAAAGAGAAGACAUGCGCUGUAAUUCGUGUUGCAGAUGUACCAACCCCAGCCAUGCGUGCUCUUUUGUUGUAUAUUUAUACUGGGGAUCAUGAUACGAAGGCACUGCAAGAGCAUGGUAUGGCUCUCCUUGCAGCUGCUCACAAAUAUGACAUUCCGGAUCUCAAAAGAGUUUGUGAAACUGCCGUUGCAAGUAUGGUUCUACCUUUCAAUGCAUUGGAAACAUUACAUCAGGCACGAUUGUACGAUGCCAACUGGGUAAAAAAGGCAUGUGUCGAGUGCAUCGCUCGCAAUGUGAAGCAGGUGGCUUUCACAGACGAGCUUCGUAGCCUUAUAUACCGCAACGAAGAUCCAGAAGCAGUUUUGGAAAUCAUACAGAGCAUUGCAAGCGGGCACUAGCUUCGUCGCUCUUCGUCCGUUUCAGUGUACGGUUGUUGGAGUCGCAUAGGAAUACAACACAGUCCCCUUUUGCUCAUCAUGCAAGGGCGAUGCAUUCUGUACCAUACUUCUGAGUGGAAAAUCGAUGUUGAAAGCCACCAAUUUGCCUAAGAAAAAUGAAUGACAUCCAUUCUCUUAGUAGAAAGAGAUUGUCUUCUGGAUCUUCUGGAUUUUUUAAAGAGGUUCUCCCUGUUUUAAUCAGGAGUUCACUUCUCUCUUGACUGAGUACUGGAACUCUUCCACUUUGAGUUUUGUAUGUAGUAUUGAGGUAUAGGGAGGGCCAGAGCGCAUAUAGCCUGAUGUUGAGCUGACUCAGGCAAAUUUAUGUGAGAAGGAGAAACACCUUUUCUGCCCAGACAUCAGCCUUUUGUCGAAGACAGUUGUAAUGACGCUGAAUCUGAGCAUUAAGAAUGAAAGCAACAAAUGCGUGGAAAGCCGUCGGCGGUAUCCUGUCUGCGUCAUACGAUUUAUUCCGCAAAACUG